CCAUUGGUGCUGCGCAGUAGCAUGUGUUCUGAGGGUCAUCGAAAUAGCUAAGAUUGUUGAGUGUUUUUUGAGUGAUCUUGAUAGUAAAAAAAAUAAUGAGCAGCAUUACUUUUUCCUUUUUUUUUUUUGUUUUUUUUUUCCAAGUUUCUAAUUCCAAAACCUAUAGGAUAUCCUAAUCCUAGUUGAUGACCAUAUAUUUCCCCAAGUUUCUUUCAUCUGAACUUUCCUACUGAUUGAUGAAAAUUCUAGCGGUGUCUAUAUAAAUCAAGACUAGCUAUUAUACUGUGAGAACCUAUAAGCGACUACUUCAAAUUUUGUCUCCUCUCCUUAACAAUGUCUUUUGCAGGUCCUUCCUCCAUACAUGACAUCCAAUACUAUGGUGAUCAUAUCUUCACAACUGUCACAGCAGCAGCUGUUGUUGUCGACGAAUGGAUAGCUAAUACAAUGCAUAUCCACAAGCGUGAACUGAGCGAACUUCUUAUUGGCCUUGAUACUGAAUGGUGUAUGCCUACCGAACCAGAUGGACAUCAACAAGUUGCCAUCAUUCAACUAUGUGUGGGUAAAAGAUGCCUUAUUUUUCAACUUUAUCAUGCAGAUGAUAUCCCACCAUCUUUGAUCCAGUUUCUUGGGAAUAAGAAGUUCAAAUUUGUUGGUAAAGGAGUAUGGAAUGAUGCUUGUAAACUAUUUGAAGAUUAUGAGCUGCUUGUGGCUCAUACAAAAGAUGUAGGUUAUUGGGCAGCCAAGAAAUAUCAUGAUAGAGACUAUCGAAAAUUGGGAUUGAAGGCUUUAGUGCUUGAUUUGCUUCAGAAAGUGAUUCCCAAGCCCAGAGAAAUCACAAUGAGUGAAUGGAAUGCUAAAGAGCUUACAAUUGAACAGAUAGAGUAUGCUUGUCUGGAUGCUUUUGUGUCCUUAGAACUUGGAAUUUUCUUGAACAAACCUAGACAAGAAAUAAUCGAAUAUCCAGAGAACACGCCUUCCAAGAAAAUUAUACAUCAUACUCUUGAAUCUUAUCGGGCUACAGAUGAUUGCGAGCAACUAGAUGAGGAGUUGAGGCAGAGCUUUGGAGAGUUUAAAGAAGAUGUGAGAAGGAUGAAACCAGCAAGGCAAUUGGUAAGUCAAACAAGUCGUAGAAAAAGUCCAGAGACCAAGAAAAGAAUGAGCAGAAAGGCAGACUCCAGGCAAGAGCUGGUUGAUGAAAUGAAUGCAUGUUUCAGCAGAGCUUUGGAGAGUUUAAAGAAGAUGUGA